AAAAUCUCAAAAUCGACUUUUUGCCCGGACACUGCCUUUAAUGUCUUCAACUUCAAACAUACUCACUCUUCAUCUUCCACUUCCUCUUUUCCAAACAUAUCCCUGAUCUUCAAGCAUCGAGUCAGUGCCUCAGUCGGGAUGUUCGAAAUGGGCAGCUUCGCCGACGAAGAUAUGUUCAUGCAAGGUGGCGGCGCAAACGCUGGAACGCUUAUGUUUUCGGCUCCAUUCCGCUGGAACUUAUUAACUUCGAGCGAGUUCCAAGAGCAAAGCCCUGCAUUCUUACUACACUAUAAGUGACUACUUUGGUUCAAAACAUAAUUUCACAAGUUUAUUCUGCAUCCAAAGAUCAAACAUAAAUGCUUGAGGU